AUGGAGAGUCUCGAAGACACUUGCGCCUCACUCCGAGCGCAGAUUGCAGCCACAGAGACCGAGCUUGAAGGCCUCAAGCGCGACCUCGCCAACGCCGAAGCCGCAGCCGCAGCCAAGUCCGAAGCAGGCUUGACGGGUGAGCCUCACAAAGGCCAGAAUGAUGCCGGGAACCGCUGGCCGCUGCUGCCGGAGGAAUAUAAACGAUACGGGAGGCAAAUGAUCGUAUCGCAAAUCGGUCUACGAGGACAACUCAAGUUGCGCGCCGCUAAAGUCUUGCUCGUUGGAGCCGGUGGUCUAGGAUGUCCCGCUGCACAGUACCUUGCCGGCGCCGGUGUCGGAACACUUGGUCUGAUUGAUGGCGAUACGGUCGAGAUUUCGAAUCUACACAGGCAGGUGCUGCACCGCGGCAAGAAUGUGGGGAAGUACAAGGUGGACAGUGCGAUCGAGGCGCUACGAGAAUUAAAUCCCCAUCCGACGUACAUUGCGCAUCGAACACAUCUCACGCCCGACGAGGCGCCUACCAUCUUUGAAAAAUAUGACCUUAUUCUUGAUUGUACGGAUAAUCCGGCGACGCGAUACCUGAUUUCGGACACUGCUGUGUUGAGGGGUAAACCAGUGGUGUCGGCGUCUGCUUUGCGAACGGAGGGUCAACUCGUCGUGUUGAAUAAUCCUCCUCGACGUCCGGGUGAGAAAGACGGUGGCCCUUGCUAUCGCUGUGUAUUUCCAAAGCCCCCACCAGCCGAGAGCGUUGUCAGUUGUGCCGAUGGUGGUAUCAUUGGACCGGUCGUUGGAACCAUGGGGGUCUUGCAGGCCCUGGAGGCGAUCAAGGUGCUUACUGCGCCUGAGACCGACGCGGCCACACAUGGCACCACACCCCGCGAGGCUCCUGUGAUGCAGAUAUUCUCUGCGUUCUCAAAUCCUCAAUUCCGUUCGAUUCGGAUUCGUUCUCGCCGAGCCAACUGUGCGGUGUGCUCCGCCGAGGCCACCGUGACGCUUGAUACCAUUGCGUCGGGAUCCACUGAUUAUGUAUUCUUCUGUGGCUCAGCGACAGUGCCAUCGUUACUGGGUCCCGAUGAGCGCGUCUCACCAGAAGAGUAUCGUGAAAAGCACCCGUUGAUUAAUACCCGGACAAAUUGGGAACCCAAGGACUCACACACCGUCAUUGACGUGCGAGAUAAGGCGCAAUUUGGAAUAUGCAACCUCGAAAACAGCAUUAACAUUCCUAUUUCCAAUUUUCUGGGCUCCGCCCCAGUUUCAACAGCCGACCUCCAAACCAGUCAAGUUCCGCCAUGGCUGCCAUCAGAAAUGGUCUCUACCGAGUCGAACGACCCAAUUUAUGUGGUCUGCCGUCUUGGGAACGAUUCCCAGAUCGCAGUGAAGAAACUGAAGGACCUCGGCCUCGACCGAAACGGCCAAAGGUACAUCGGAGACAUUCGCGGCGGGUUCCGCGCAUGGCGGGAGCAAGUGGAUCCAGAUUGGCCCGAAUAUUAG